UGUCUACCACGAUGGACCAGCUAAUAUUUCAGAGGGAGAACCGUGAGCGUAUCCAGGCAUUGGAGAGUUCAUUUGGUCUAUCACGGCGGCUCCUGUCCACGCCGGGUCGCGUUCUGAUGGGAGAGGGUCAGCUGCUAAAGCAGGGUCGUCGGAAGGCCGAGCCAAAGGUCUUCUUCCUCUUCAAUGAUGUGCUGGUGUACGGCAGCAUCAUUCUCAGCGGCCGCUGGCACAAAAACCAGAAGAUAUUCCCUCUAGAGGACAUCCAGCUGCAGGACUUGCAGGAUAGUGAGCGCCUGACGAACCAGUGGCUGAUCCGUACACCACGCAAGUCCUUUUUUGUGUCGGCCCCUUCAUACGACGAGAAACAAGCCUGGAUGCAUCACAUUGAAGACUGUCGGUCCAGGCUGCUGAGGGGCGGCAGCUGCCAACCUAGCUCCACAUUUGCUGUCUCCUGGAUCCCGGACGCGGCCGCCUACAAAUGCAUGCGCUGCUUCAGCAGGUUCACCGCAGCCAACCGUCGACACCACUGCCGAAAAUGUGGCUUUUUGGUCUGCAAUUCAUGCUCCAAGACACGAGAAGUUAUAGACCACAUUCAUCCCACUAAGAAGCUGAGGGUCUGCCGUCGCUGUCACACAAGUAAGACAGAGGAAGUACCAUCUCGCCAGAGGGGAGACAGCACUGGAAAAAACAGCUCAGAGGAGGACGAUGAGGCAGCAUCCAGUGAUGAAGGAGAGGAUGGGGAGAUCACGCAGAACCAAACUCCCAGCCAGUGGUUUAACACCCAGACGGACACUUGGGGACAGGUGGGAACCUAUGUUGACCCAGCUGCAUUGCAUCAGUGGCCCCAGUAACACAAAACCACAUCAAGACUUUGAAUUGUAUUAUAACGAAGAGCACUGGACUUUUGAAUAGACUCAGAUGACCAAUAAAUGUUGACACUAAGCUGUUGGUGUUAAACAUAGUAGAGGCAUGUUUGAAAUCAGUAGAAAUCCUCUCUAGACCUGUUUUAAAAAUGUGUAAUGUGUAAGACUGUGCUACUUGCUGCACCUCCAUAGGGGGCAGCAUUUCACCUGUU